AUGGCUAGCAAAGAUGGUGGGUGUGAAACCGUUAUUCUGGUUAUAGUUGGUCCAACAGGUGCUGGUAAGAGUUCCACUGGUAACACCAUCUUAGGAAGACGUGAGUUUGAGUCGACAUUGUCAUCUGUGUCAAAGACAAGAUAUAUUAAAUGGGGUAAACGUGCUAUUGGAGAUCGAGACGUUGUGGUGAUCGACACCCCCGGCUUGUUCGAUACUCACGAGGAAAUGACUCCAGAAAUGCUAGCCACUGAAAUAUCGAAAUGUAUCGGUAUUGCUAUGAGUCAAGGUGUCGGCCUUGAUGCAAUUAUUUUAACAAUGAGUGCUGAUCAGCGCAUGACAAAGGAACACAUGCAUACAAUUUUGUAUCUCCGAAAACUGUUUGGUGAAGAGAUGAUGAAAUACGUAGUGUUACUUUUUACCAGAAAAGAUCGACUUGACGAGGAUGAUACGUCAUUGGAUGAGUAUUUGUCCGACGUCCCACAGUUUCUUGCUGAUCUAUUGGACGAGUGUGAUUGUCGUGCCAUAGCGUUCAACAACAAGACUAAAGAUGUUGAAGUCAAAGAGCGUCAAACUGCUGAACUGUUGCAAAUUAUUGAGAAGCUGAAAACGGUAAACGGUGAUAAGCCUUCACUAGCAACUUAA